AUGGAUGAUAAUUUUAAGAAAUUGAUUGAAUCUACCUAGCCAGAAUCUUUAUACACAAUCAGACUAUGUAAGAGAUUAGGAUAUCGUCCUGAGGAUUUAACAUAUAAAUAUUUUUUAUUCUAUAUUCUUUAGAUCCAUAGAUGAAUUUUAAUCUGUCAAUCAUGAGUUGAGAUAAAUAAAAUAUGAUCAUUACAAAGCUAGAGUACUCAGUAAAUCUUAAAUUUAAAAUAAACUAGUAAUAGUAAAUAAAAUCAACAAAGUUAGAAGUAGAAACAAAACAACUGGCUUAUCUGAACUGCCUAAUCAGACUAAUAUUUAAUAUUCCUCUAUUGUUGAUAAUAUGUAAGAGUAAUCCUAAAGCAUAUCUAUUAAAGAAAGAGUGCUAUAGAAUCUUAUUUAUUAAGUACUUCUAAGAUAAAAUAAGUUUGCUUAAUAUUAUCAAUAAAAGAAUAAAGUUUUAGUAAACAAAACUAAAUUAGCAAUUUAACCUUCAUAAAAAAUAUCAAUCCAAUCUAAACAAUCUAUAUAAUAAAUGAAAACAGAAUAGUCAAAUAGAAGAUGUGAGACUCAUCGUGAGUAUGAAAAUAAUGAGAAAUUAUUUAUUUCAUCAAAUGAAAAGUUUCUUAUAAAAAGAUAAUUAAUCUAGCAAUUAGAAGAAAAGUAAUAGAAGGAAUAAAUGUAAAAACUUAAAGAAAAGGGUUACUAUGUAUUUAUUAUUAGAAAAGAAAGCAAUAUAGAAAAUUUAAUAAUUUAAGAGUGAGUUGAAACAACAUUUUUAGAAAUCCAAUUUUGUAGAAGUAAAAAACAAAAAAGAAUAAAUUGAUAAUGAAUAAUAUCAAUUUCUGAUUAAUAAAUAAUUUGAAAAAUUGCAAUAGUUGAGAUUGAAAUUGAGUCAAUUAAGUAAGCCUAUGAAAUAGCAGAUAUUGAAAAGAAAUAAGACUUAUUCAUUAUUUUAUGAUUCAGAUUUUUAAUGUAAGAUAGUAGAUAAGAUUGAAAGAGUUGUUAAUUUAAAAUGUCUAAUACUUUCAGAAAGAUAAAAGAUAAUAGGUGAGAGAUUAAAAAUCAAUUAGGAUGAUGUAAAUUUCAACAAAUAUCACAUUAAAUAAUUGAAAAUUAAAGAUGAGAAUAAAAGAAUUAAAUAAAUAUAAAGAAAUUAGAAAUAGUAUUCUUAUUAAAUUGAUUUGAAAUCUUAGUUGUUAGAAAAACAAAUGAAGAAAUCAGUUUGGGAAUAAGUGAAUCGUGUUAGUCAUUUAUUUUCUAGUCCAGUAGAAUAUGAUAGAUAUAGAAAUGAGAUGAAAUUGUUAUUAAAUAAACAAAAGGAAUCAAUUGAUCAAAAAUAUUAGAAUAGCAUAGAUAUAUUAUAUAAAUUGUUACCUUAGUAAAUGGCAGAAAAAGUUUUAUAAUGA